AUGUCCAACCCUGAAGAUGGAGUCAGGGAGGAGAUUGUUAGGAAGGAAGAGGAUCCUAUAGCUAAUGGAGAUAUGGAUGAUAAAGGGCCCAGUGAUGAGGAAGAAGGAGAGGACGUUUUUGACUCUUCAGAUGAUGAUGAGGACUUGGAGGAUGACGAGGAAGAAGCCAAGAAGAUUAAGGAAGGGUUCAUUGUUGAUGAUGAAGAAGAGAAUGCCAUUGAAGGGACUGCUUCGAAGAAGAGAAGAAAGCAUAAGAGAAGAGCUAGAGAAGAGGAGGAAGAUGACAGGCUUUCUGAGGAUGACUUGGAUCUGCUAAUGGAAAAUGCGGGUGUCAAACGUACUACUUCCUCGGCUCCCUCGGGAGGUAAGCUAAAAAGGUUAAAGAGGGCAGGUGGUGAGGAAGAGCUACAGGAUGAGGAAUCCAGGAAGGGAACCCCAGCUGGCGCAGACUCCGGUUCGAAACUAGAAGAUUUCUUUUCUGAUGAGGAAGAAGAUGAAGACGAAGCUACAAGUCGUGAUAGAGGUUCUCGCGAUCACCACCAUGAGAAUGAAGUGCCAGAUGACGAAGAAAACCGUAGAGGUAGUAAAGGUGCUGUGAUGGAUGAACUUGAUGAUUUCAUCGAGGAUGACGAAUUUUCAGAUGAGGAUGAAGAGACGAGACAACAGAGAAUCAAAGAGAGAAAGGCCCUACGAGAUCAUAGGAUGAAACAACCAGUGCAUAUUACAGGUCUUUCUUCGGAUAAGAUUGAUGAAAUGUAUGAUAUUUUCGGUGAUGCACAUGAUUACGACUGGGCUUUGGAGAUUGAGAACGAAGAGCUUGAACAAGGGUUUACGGAAGAAGCUGCCGCUAAUGAGGAAGGUGAGGAUGCAGACGAUCUUGAACUUGGUGCAUCAAAGGCUACCAAAAAGAAAAUUACUCUGCAAGAUAUUUACGAUUUGCAAGAUUUGAAGAGAAAUUUGAUGACCGACGAGGAUAUGGUUAUUAGGAGAGCUGAUAUACCGGAAAGAUACCAAGAACUUAGAGCAGGGCUGACUAAUUACAAUUCACUCACUUCAGAAGACCAAGAAUUGGAAAAGAAUUGGAUUACUGACAAGAUUUCUGUUGACAAAAACUUUGAUCCAGCUUAUGACCUCACAGAAUUUAAAGAAUGCAUCGGUAACGCAAUCAAAUUCAUCUCGCAGGAAAACUUGGAGGUACCUUUCAUUUAUGCAUAUCGUCGUAACUACAUUUCUUCAAGGGAGAAAGAUGGCUUCGUCUUGACUGAAGACGAUUUGUGGGAAAUUGUGAGCUUGGACAUUGAAUUUCACAGUAUUAUUUACAAGAGAGAUUACGUGAAGAAAUUUUAUCAGGAAUUAAAUGUCACUGACCCUAUCGUGGACGAAUAUUUCAAAAAUCAGAGCACUGGUUCCACUGCAGAAUUGAAUUCUUUACAGGACGUUUACAGCUAUUUGGAGUUCACAUACGCCCAAGAGAUAAACGACCUUCUGUCUAGAAACUCGGGGAAGAAACAUUUGAAAAAUUCCAGUUACGAAAAGUUCAAAUCGAGCGCCCUGUACCAAGCGGUUGGUGAUAUAGGUAUUACGGCGCAGCAUGUCGGUGAGAAUAUUAACUCACAACACCAAAUUAAUGUCCCAGUGGACCACCCAACUUUGAGACCUCAAGAGGUAAUUGAAUCGAUUUUAAGCGCAAACAGUGCGGAUCUUCAAGUGUUUACCUCGAACACUAAAUUGGCUCUCGACACUGUCAAGAAGUACUACGCGCUCGAAAUUUCCAAGAACACGAAGGUCAGAGAAAAAGUAAGAUCUGACUUCUACAAGUACUACUUGGCAGAUGUGAUAUUGACCUCCAAAGGUAAAAGAGAGAUCCAAAGAGGUUCGAUUUAUGAAGACAUCAAGUAUGCUAUCAAGAGAACGCCUCAACACUUCAGAAGGGAUCCAGAUGUCUUUCUGCGUAUGUUGGAGGCUGAAUCGCUGAAUCUCAUGACCGUUAGAAUUCACAUGUCUUCUCAGGCUCAGUACAUUGACCACAUGUUCCAAAUAGCUUUGGAGACAACGAAUACAUCUCAGCUGGCAACAGAAUGGAACAACUUCCGUAAGGCUGCCUUUGACCAGGCCAUGGAAAAGAUCUUUUCCGAUAUCUCCCGUGAAAUCAAGGACGACUUAUCCAAAACUUGUGAAAAGUUGGUUGCUAAGACAAUUCGUCAUAAGUUUAUGACUAAACUAGAUCAAGCUCCUUACGUUCCUAAUCCAAAGGAUCCAAAGAUCCCAAAGGUCUUGACUUUAACCUGUGGUCAGGGUAGAUUCGGAGCAGACGCUAUUAUUGCUGUCUUCUUGAACCGUAAGGGAGAGUACGUCAGGGACUACAAAAUUGUUGACAAUCCGUUCGACAGAUCGAACCCAGAAAAGUUUGAAGAAACCUUAGAUGAUAUCAUUCAGAACUGUCAACCUAACGCCAUUGGUAUCAACGGUCCAAAUCCAAAAUCUCAAAAGUUCUAUAAGAGACUUCAGGAAGUCAUUCACAAGAAGCAAGUAGUCGAUAGCAGAGGCCAUACGAUUCCAAUUCUCUAUAUUGAGGAUGAAGUAGCCGUUCGUUACCAGAAUUCUGAACGUGCCGCCCAAGAAUUUCCUAACAAGCCACCACUUGUGAAAUACUGUAUUGCACUUGGCCGUUACAUGCAUUCUCCACUAAACGAGUAUGGUAAUCUAUCAACUGAAGAGCUGGGAUCCUUGGCAAUUCACCCUCAUCAAUCGCUACUCCCUCGUGAAAAGCUUCUCAAAGCGCUAGAAACCGCUUUCGUUGAUAUUGUCAAUUUAGUCGGUGUCGAGGUUAACAAGGCUACGGAUAGUUCCUACUAUGCAAGCGUCUUGAAGUACAUCUCAGGAUUUGGUAAGCGUAAAGCAAUUGAUUUCCUAGAAUCCUUACAGAGACUGAACGAACCAUUAUUAGCACGUCAGCAACUCAUUACUCACAAUAUUCUGCACAAGACAAUUUUCAUGAACUCAGCUGGUUUUCUGUACAUUUCUUGGAACGAGAAGAGACAGAAAUACGAGGACCUUGAGCACGAUCAGCUUGAUAGUACAAGAAUCCACCCAGAGGACUAUCAUCUGGCUACUAAGGUUGCUGCAGAUGCUCUUGAGUACGACCCUGAUGCGAUCGCUGAAAAGGAAGAGCAAGGUACGAUGAGUGAGUUUAUUGAGAUAUUACGUGAAGAUCCUGAGCGUAGAUCGAAAUUGGAAUCGCUGAACCUAGAGUCCUAUGCUGAAGAGCUGGAGAAAAACACGGGACAGAGAAAGCUGAAUAAUCUAAACACCAUCGUUUUAGAACUACUAGAUGGAUUUGAAGAGUUAAGAAACGAUUUCCAUCCUCUACAUGGUGAAGAGAUUUUCCAAAGUUUAACAGGUGAGAACGAAAAGACUUUCUUCAAGGGUGCUAUUGUUCCGGUGAGAGUCGAGAGAUUUAGGCAUAACGACAUAAUGUGUGUCACGAACUCAUUAGUGGAAUGUAUCGUUAACGCGCAACGUCACGCAGGAGCCCAAUACAAGAGACCUCCUGGUGACAUUUAUGAGAUAGGCAAGACUUACCCUUCUAAAGUGGUCUUCAUUGACUACGAGAAUAUCACUGCGGAAGUAUCUUUACUGGAACAGGACGUCAAACAUCAAUAUGUUCCAGUUAAUUACAGCAAAGACCCUUCGAUCUGGGAUUUGAAGCAAGAGCUAGAAGACUCCGAAGAAGAGAAGAAAAUUACCAUGGCAGAGGCCCGUGCAAAGAGAACUCAUCGUGUCAUUAAUCAUCCUUACUACGUUCCAUUCAAUGGUAAACAGGCAGAAGACUAUCUAAGAAGUAAAGAACGUGGUGACUUCGUGAUAAGACAGUCUAGUCGCGGUGAUGACCACCUAGUCAUCACAUGGAAGCUUGACAAAGAUUUAUUUCAGCACAUUGAUAUACAAGAACUCGACAAGGAAAACCCGCUAGCUUUAGGUAGAGUAUUGGUCGUUGAAAAUCAAAGGUAUCACGAUUUGGAUCAAAUUAUCGUCGAAUAUCUACAAAACAAAGUGAGACUCUUGAAUGAAAUCACGUCAAAUGAAAAGUUCAAACGUGGUAACAAAAAGGAGGUGAUUAAAUUCAUUGAGGAUUAUUCAAAAGUCAAUCCAAACAGAUCUGUCUAUUAUUUCUGCUUCAACUACAGUAACCCUGGUUGGUUCUAUUUGAUGUUCAAACUUAAUGCACAAAGCAAACUUUACACUUGGAAUGUUAAACUGACGCAUACAGGCUUUUUCCUCGUCAAUUAUAACUACCCAACUGUGAUCCAAUUGUGCAAUGGUUUCAAGACGCUGCUAAAAUCCAGCGGUAGGAACAGGAGCACUUACUGA